GGAGCCGGCAAAGGAUCAAAGGCCAAAGUAGCUCCAAAGGGCAAGGCCGGAUCGAAGUCGAAAGCAGUCAACAAGAACUCCAAGGCGAAGGCAACUGGCAAGUCCCGAAACACCUCAAAGGGCAAAGCUCCCACCAAUCGAAAGACGCCCGCGAAGGGAAAGACGUCGGUGAAGAGUAACGCCGGGUCCAGAGGCAAGAAGGCUACGCCUGCUCGCAAGACCGCCAAGGCCAAGGCUGCACCCAAGGGCAACACUCGAUCCAAGAGCGUCAACCGUAGCAAGACCAAUGCCAGCAAAGCGAGACCCGCUAUCAAAGGUCGAACCUCCUCACCCAAAGCCAAGGGAUCUACUUCCAGACCUGCGAACCGUGGAGCCGCGAGGAAGGCCAAUGUAUCGAAAGCUCGACCCGCUCCAGCGAGGAAGGCAGCUCAGCCAAAGAAGAACUCGUCUACGAGACAAACUGCGCAAAGGAAGGCAACACCAAAGCAAGCCGCACCUAGGAAACAGGCAGCUCCCAAAGCUGCAGCAAGGCCGGCAGCCCCCGCUCCCAAAAAAGUGACAGCUCCUGUCAAAGCUGGCAAGAAGCCACGGUAG